CACGUCCUCAUCAUCUUGCACCACCCACCGCCAUCGAACAGCAUUCAACAGCCGUCCACGUCGCUCUAGUCUACGUUCUGCCUAUUGUAAGACGCGUUUUCUGGCCGAUUCUGCGCGCCUUCCAGCGGGGAUAUCGCUCGGAAGCUCGUCCGACACACACGAUCACCACUGGCUAUCAUGAAGAAACUAGGAAAGAACCUUGGGUUCUCUCGCAAAACAUCCGACAACAACAAGAAGGACAAGGAUAAGGGCAAGGAGGACAAGGACGCCAAGGCUGCGCAGCAGCAGCAGCCAGCGCCCUCUCAGGCCAGUCAGAACAGCUCGUCCAGCGCUAACAGCAAGGGCAGCAACAAUCGAGGGUUGGAGCCCGCGCAGGUACCGAACCCUCCCUCUGGUGCGAGCUCCUCCCAUCCCGCCGUGCGGCGGGCUGCAGCGCCCCAACCGCUCACACCAGAGCGGAGAGUAGGUGCUGGCCCUGUUGGUGCCGCCAUUCCGGACAAGACGUCUCCCGCACCGCCUCUCGUCAUUGUGACGGCGAACGUGGAGAUGCCACCGGACCCGCUCCCAUAUCAGAGCCCUUUCAGCUCUGGGAGUCCGAGGCAAACCGUUGGGUCCGAGGGCGGCAUGACCCCUCCAAGGAAUACCACCCUCAGUCGUCUUAGGAGUGUUACCCCCAAAGAUACGAUUCCUAUCGUAGGAAAGCCUCCGAGGAAACAACGAAGUAGUAGGUUCCACGUUACGGAGCAUGUGGAAAUUGAGAGGCUGCCUGGGUUUACCGAGGUGCCGCCUACCGACAGGACGCCGCUUUUUGUGCGCAAGUUGCAUCAAUGCAACGUGCUGUUUGACUUUACCGAUGCAAGCGCGGACCUACGUGGGAAGCAGAUCAAGGCACAGACCCUUCACGAGCUACUCGAAUAUAUCACCACCCAACGCGGCGUUAUUACGGAGGCCAUAUACCCUGAGGUUGUGAACAUGUAUGCUUCCAACCUGUUCCGCUCUAUACCCCCACAGGUCAACCCCACUGGUGAAGCGUUUGAUCCUGAAGAAGAUGAGCCAGUUCUGGAAUUGGCUUGGCCUCAUCUCCAAGUUGUCUACGAAUUCUUCCUUCGAUUCGUGGAGAGCCCCGAUUUCAACACCAAUAUCGCAAAGCGAUACAUUGACCAACAGUUCGUUCUCCAAUUGCUCGAACUUUUCGAUAGCGAAGAUCCGCGCGAGCGCGAUUUCCUGAAAACGACAUUGCACCGUAUCUAUGGCAAGUUCCUUAACCUUCGCGCAUUCAUCAGACGUUCCAUCAACAAUACCUUCUUCCAAUUCGUCUACGAAACUGAACGCCACAAUGGCAUCGCCGAACUUCUGGAAAUCCUUGGCUCCAUAAUCAACGGCUUCGCUCUCCCGCUGAAGGAGGAGCAUAAAGUGUUUCUUACUCGAGUUCUUCUACCUCUCCACAAAGUCAGGUCGUUAUCGCUCUACCACCCACAGCUGGCAUACUGCGUUGUACAAUUUUUGGAAAAGGAUAGUUCAUUGACCGAAGAGGUUCUCGCCGGUUUGUUGCGCUAUUGGCCAAAGGUCAACUCGCCGAAGGAAGUCAUGUACCUGAACGAAGUGGAGGAGAUUCUCGACGUGAUUGAGCCGAGCGAAUUUGUCAAGAUCCAGGUGCCACUCUUCCGGCAAUUGGCGAAGUGCGUCAAUAGUCAGCAUUUCCAGGUUGCCGAACGAGCGUUGUAUUACUGGAACAACGAGUACAUCAUCAACCUGAUGGGGGAUAAUAUCGGUGUUAUUCUCCCUAUUGUCUUUCCUGCACUGUAUCAGCAUUCUAAAUCCCAUUGGAACCGCACGAUCCACGGCAUGAUUUUUAAUGCACUAAAGCUCUUUAUGGACAUGAAUCCCGACGUGUUCAACGAGUGUGUCCAAAAUUAUAAGCGGGAUCGCCAGAUAGAAUAUCAGCACAUGCAGCAACGCUACGAGAAUUGGCAGCGUCUGCGCGAGAUGGCCAUCCACAAUGCAGACGGGAUCUUACCGAAAAAUUUCGAAAAGGACUUCCCAGAGCCGCCUCAACCGCCGCCUCUCGACGAUUCGGACAUCGAUGAUGUCACAUUGGAUUUGGCCGAGGGUCUCCAGCAGGUGGAUCUCGACGACUCUGCAUUGUCACAUAAUAUGCCUAUGUCUGAACCUUCUCAUUUCCAGACUUCUUUCCCAAAUUUACCCGCACCAGAGUUGGGGUCCCCGCCACAGGCAAGUCCGCACGUUCGCCGGAAGAGUGUUCUCCCUGUGGACCCCGGUGUGUUGCGUGACUUACAAAACCAUCGCUCUCUAGACAAUGGGGAGUUCGUUGCUCAGGAGAGCUAGAUGCCCGAUGGAAUAUGGACUGAUGCCGGGCCGAGUGUGCCCACCGCGAUAUGAUGGAUAUAGUAGCAUCUCAUCUUUCAUUCCCGUAUGCGUUGCGAACGAUCGGGAAGGAUGGGACACUGCGAUAACAUCCAGGAGGGUGUAGUUGUUAGUAUGCCGCAUUGUUUUCUGUUUGUUCCGUUCUUCUCUGUUUCACUAUUGGUCCGCUGUGUUCGGCUCACUGGCGUGGUGAGGAAUUUAGCACGUCAUCA